AUGGUCUUGAAAGCUAUCGACAGCUGUUGGUUUAUUUACUUUUCUGGGUUGAAUGUUUCUUGCCCUCUCCUGGAAGCCGAUCCAUUCUUUUUUCUAUUAUUUAAUUUACUACUACUAGUCUACUAGGAAUUGGAAAACGAGUGACAAGUAUGUACUUGUCCUACUGUGUGUAUAUAUAUGUACAGGAAGAGGGGUCUCACAUCUGUUCAACAACAUUUUUUCCUGGGUUUCUGUCUCUGUUCCGCGUUUGGCAAAAGAUGGGUUCUGAAAAUCAUGUUUGAUGAUUCAAAAGUCCAUUUGUUUUUUCAUCUCCAGAUUGUUGGUACUUUCUGAACGGGAUAUAGAUCGUCGUCUACUACAAAUUUAUAUAGUAUGGCUUCGAGAUCAUCCAAAGCUUCGGAAUCACAACAGGGAAAGGCAGUUCCUAUGACGGUGACGUUCGCGAGGAGGACUUCAUCAGGCCGAUAUGUCAACUACUCGAGGGAGUCGAAUGAUCUGGAUAGUGAGAUUGGCAGUGGGGAGUUCAUGAACUACACUGUGCAAAUACCACCAACACCGGAUAACCAACCGAUGGAUUCAUCGGUCUCUCAGAGAGUUGAAGAGCAGUAUGUAUCAAAUUCGUUGUUUACCGGCGGAUUUAACAGUGUUACUCGCGCUCAUUUGAUGGAUAAGGUAAUAGAGUCUGAAACAAGCCAUCCUCAGAUGGCUGGUGCAAAAGGAUCUUCGUGUGCAAUACCUGGUUGCGAUGGAAAAGUGAUGAGCGAUGAGCGGGGAGAAGACAUCCUACCAUGUGAAUGUGAUUUUAAGAUAUGCAGGGAUUGUUAUGUCGAUGCUGUGAAAAGUGGAGAUGGGAUGUGUCCGGGAUGUAAAGAGCCAUACAGGGCCACAGAUUUGGAUCAGAAGGUUGUGGAUAACAGCCGGACGCUGCCACUGCCACUGCCAUCAAAUGUGGGGAUGUCGAAAAUGGAGAGGAGGUUGUCAUUGAUGAAAUCGGCAAAAUCAGGGAUGCUGACAAAGAGUCAGACGGGGGAGUUUGAUCAUAACCGAUGGCUGUUCGAGACCAAGGGAACUUACGGAUAUGGCAAUGCUAUUUGGCCCGAGGAGGGGGGAUUGGGGAAUGAGAAAACUGAUGGGGUUGGGGAACCUUCACAACUUCUUAGUAAGCCCUGGAGGCCCCUCACUCGUAAACUGAAGAUACCUGCCGCAGUUUUGAGCCCAUAUCGACUCCUAAUCUUUGUCCGGAUUGCUGCUCUGUCAUUAUUUCUUGCGUGGAGGCUCCGACACCAAAAUGAUGAUGCACCUUGGCUGUGGUUUAUGUCGGUUGUUUGCGAGGUUUGGUUUGCAUUCUCCUGGUUACUUGAUCAGCUGCCAAAGUUCUGCCCUGUGAAUCGCGCCACGGAUCUUAAUGUUUUGAAAGACAAGUUUGAGACAUCCGGUCCCCACAACCCUACCGGAAAAUCUGAUCUUCCAGGAAUAGAUGUCUUCGUUUCUACUGCAGACCCAGAGAAAGAACCGCCCCUUGUCACUGCCAACACCAUCCUAUCCAUUCUGGCUGCUGAUUAUCCCGUUGAAAAGCUUUCUUGUUAUGUUUCUGAUGAUGGUGGUGCGCUUCUAACAUUUGAGGCCAUGGCAGAAGCUGCAAGUUUUGCAAACUUAUGGGUCCCAUUUUGCCGGAAACAUGAUAUCGAGCCAAGGAACCCGGAAACUUACUUCAAUCUGAAGAGAGAUCCUUAUAAGAAUAAGGUGCGACAGGACUUUGUCAAGGAUCGUAGACGGGUGAAGCGCGAGUAUGAUGAGUUCAAGGUUCGGAUUAACGGCCUUCCUGAUUCAAUCCGGCGGCGCUCUGAUGCCUUUAAUGCUCGAGAAGAAAUCAAGGCUAUGAAACUUCAGCGAGAGAAUGCCGGCGAUGAACCGGUGGAAAAUAUAAAGAUCCCCAAGGCUACCUGGAUGGCUGAUGGAACCCAUUGGCCUGGUACUUGGAUGGUUCCUUCUGCUGAGCACACUAGGGGUGAUCAUGCAGGAAUUAUUCAGGUGAUGUUGAAACCCCCAAGUGAUGAGCCAUUACAUGGGGCAGCUGUUGAUUCUAAUCCUAUUGAUCUGACGGAAGUUGACAUUCGGCUUCCCCUGUUGGUUUACGUUUCUCGUGAAAAGCGUCCUGGGUAUGAUCACAACAAGAAGGCUGGUGCCAUGAAUGCUUUGGUUCGAGCCUCAGCCAUCAUGUCCAAUGGACCCUUCAUUCUGAACCUUGACUGCGAUCACUACGUCUACAACUCCCAAGCACUGAGGGAAGGUAUGUGUUUUAUGAUGGACCGUGGUGGUGAUCGUAUUUGCUACGUCCAGUUUCCUCAGAGGUUCGAAGGAAUCGACCCAUCGGAUCGCUAUGCCAAUCAUAACACGGUCUUCUUUGACGUUAACAUGCGAGCCCUUGACGGGCUUCAGGGUCCAGUCUAUGUUGGAACAGGAUGCCUCUUUCGCAGGAUUGCUUUGUAUGGUUUUGACCCUCCUCGAUCAAAAGACUAUCACUCUGCUGGCUGCUGCAGCUGUUGCUUUGCUCGUCGUAAGAAAUCUUCUACUGUUGCUUCUGCUCCCGAGGAGAAUAGGGCACUUCAAAUGGGAGAUUCUGAUGAAGAGGAAAUGAACCUCUCCUCCUUCCCCAAGAAGUUCGGUAACUCCUCAUUUUUGGUGGACUCAAUUCCAGUGGCUGAAUUCCAAGGCCGGCCCCUGGCUGAUCACCCUGCCGUGAGGAACGGACGACCUCCGGGAGCUCUUACUAUUCCUCGAGAUCUCCUCGACGCAUCCACGGUGGCUGAAGCAAUUAGUGUCAUCUCAUGUUGGUAUGAAGAUAAAACCGAAUGGGGGACUCGGGUUGGCUGGAUUUAUGGAUCCGUGACUGAGGAUGUGGUCACAGGUUAUAGGAUGCACAACCGGGGAUGGAGAUCGGUUUACUGCGUCACCAAGAGGGAUGCUUUCCGAGGGACUGCUCCAAUCAACCUGACUGAUCGUCUUCACCAGGUCCUCCGGUGGGCGACUGGCUCUGUCGAGAUAUUCUUCUCGCGCAACAAUGCUCUCCUGGCCAGCCCUAAGAUGAAGUUGCUGCAGAGAAUCGCUUACCUCAAUGUUGGCAUCUACCCAUUCACCUCUAUUUUUCUCAUAGUCUAUUGCUUCCUACCAGCUCUUUCCCUGUUCUCUGGCCAGUUCAUCGUCCAGUCCCUCAAUGUCGCCUUCUUGACCUACCUUCUGCUCAUCACCUUGACGCUCUGCAUGCUCGCCGUGCUCGAGAUCAAGUGGUCUGGCAUUGCCCUCGAAGAGUGGUGGCGAAACGAGCAGUUCUGGUUAAUUGGAGGCACAAGUGCUCACCUUGCAGCCGUGCUGCAAGGCCUACUGAAGGUAAUUGCUGGCAUCGAGAUCUCCUUCACGCUGACAUCCAAGUCGGCUGGUGACGAUGCGGAUGACGAGUACGCCGACCUGUACAUCAUCAAAUGGACGUCCCUGAUGAUCCCGCCAAUCACAAUCAUGAUGGUCAACUUGAUCGCAAUCGCGGUAGGGGUCAGCCGAACCAUAUACAGCACCAUUCCACAAUGGAGCCGGCUGCUCGGAGGGGUCUUCUUCAGCUUCUGGGUGCUGGCUCAUCUGUACCCAUUCGCGAAAGGGCUGAUGGGAAGGCGUGGCCGGACGCCCACAAUCGUGUUCGUGUGGUCAGGCCUUCUGGCUAUCACCAUCUCCCUUCUGUGGGUGGCCAUCAAUCCUCCAUCGGGGAGUUCAGAAAUUGGUGGAUCCUUCCAGUUCCCCUGAGUAAUUUUGGCUUCUUCUUCUUCUUCACCUAAAUCUCUCGGUUUCUAGUUCAGAGGUUGCUGUUUUUUCUGCAGCAGGUUGCUUGUAAGAGAGAUGGGCAAAGAGCCUUGAGAAGAAGAUACACACAACAUCACAGUUAUUCCUUGAUUCUUAUAGUAACCACCUUCACAUGACAAAUAAAUUCUUUGUAUAGUGUAUUAUAAUAGUCUUUUAAUUUGA